AUGUUUCCGGUAAAACCACUUAAUAGGAUAGAAGCAGCUUAUAAAAUUCUACGGCGAUCAUUGUCGGUGCCCCGCUUGGCGAUUGUUGGCAGUGGACCAGCAGGAAUGUUCACGUGUAAUGGACUUAUGAGAAGAACGAGAAUGUUAAUCGACGUUUUUGAAAAUGCUCCAGUUCCAUUUGGAUUGGUGCGAUAUGGUGUCGCGCCAGACCAUCAAGAGAUGAAAAAUGUGAUUCACACUUUCGAUUCAAUGUUCGAGAACAAUCGCGAACGCUUGAGACUAUUUUGUAAUGUUCAAAUCGGAAAGCAUGUCUCAUUCAAAGAGCUCACGGACAAUUAUGAUGCGGUUCUCCUCGCCUAUGGAUCGUAUAAAAUCCGAACGUUGAAUAUACCCGGCGCACAAUCGAAAAACGUGAUAGCCGGCGGCGAGUUUGUCCGCUGGUACAACGGCGUGCCGAAUGUUGAUGGUCCGAAUUUGAACGUGAAGAACGCGAUUGUCAUCGGCAAUGGAAACGUCGCAUUGGAUUGCGUUCGAAUAAUGGCGCGAGCGGUGUCGGGCGAAUUGCGAUCGAGCGACAUUCCCAACGAUCGCCUUCAGAUUAUUGAGACGUCGCCGGUUGAAGACGUCAAAGUGUUGGGACGAAGAGGUCCAGGCGAUGUGUCGUUUACCAUAAAAGAGCUGAGAGAGCAAUUCAAAAUUCCUGGAUGGUCCAGCAAAAUCGUCAUGUCCGAAUCCGACAUGACGCUUCUUCAAGAAGCGAUGGCAAAAAUGGAGCGGAAGAAGAAGCGGCUAACGGAGGUCCUACUCAAACACGUUGGUGUGCCUGCGGGGCCGAAACGAUGCAGUUUUCUGUUUCAUCAUGUACCUCAAGAAAUAAUAAGCGAUUCGGAAGGCAAUAUUAAAGCUUUAAGGGUUUUGAACAAGGAAUCGAAUGAAAUUGUUGAAAUGCCGUGCGAACUUUUGAUAUAUUCAAUUGGAUAUGAAACAUUGGUUCUCGAUGGGAUUCCGAAAAACGAUAAGAAUAUGAUCGAUAUGAAGGAUUUUUGUCGUGUUAAUAUGGACGAAAAUUGUCGUGCUGCGGUUUAUGCAACAGGCUGGUGCGCUCACGGACCUCAUGGCGUUAUCGUCGACACACAGCAACAGUCAGUUCUAGUCGCUGAGGAGAUUGCCGACGAUUUUGCGGAUUUUCGAACAAGUGAUUCCAAAUCGGUGAUGGAUGUUCUAUUGGCGAGAUCGGUUCCAUUCAUUUCGUGGGAUGAAUGGAAAAAAAUUGACGAUUUUGAGAAAGAGAUUGGCAAAAAAAGCGGGAAGAUUCGAGAGAAAUUGACCGAAUUUGGCAAUAUUAUUCGAAAAGGCUAG